AUGGAAUUUAAAGAAAACCUCCAAACUCCAUUCACUGAUGUUAUAGUUAUCAAGAAAAAUAAUCAACUGGACCAUAAAGUAUACAGGAAGAAAACACACACCAAUCGAUACCUACAUAAUGGAUCCAACCAUGAUCCAAAACAGAAACGAACCGUCAUCAACACCCUACUGAACAGAUCUUUGAGGAUAUGUGAAGAAAGGUAUGUCGACGACGAAAUAAAACACAUAACAAAUGUGUUACAAACCAACGGCUACAACAGAAAAUACAUAAUCCGCGCUACACGUCCAAAAGAAGAGAAAAGAAACAGCAGUGAAGAUCAACCCCAAAGCACUGUCUAUCUGCCAUACAUAUGCCAUAUCACCAAACGAAUCGGGAAAAUUCUAAAGAAGGAGAAAAUUAACACCCUCUUCAAACCAACUAAGAAACUGUCUGAGUAUCUGUCCGACGGGAAACACAAGAUCCUUCUCGAAAAUACCGAAAGACUCACAACCGCGAAUCAUUAUUCAACAAGAAAUACACAAACAUUAAAAGAACUUAAACAGAAAGGAAGAAAGAACAUAUCUACCUAA